AUGCUGAUUCUGCCAAGCUUCUUCCCCUUCUCCGUCUUUUCUCGCGCGUGCUCUCUUCUUGUCUUCUCGCACAAUACCCCUCGGAAAUGCGAUCACGGGUUAGUCCGCACAAAGAGGGACCCUCUGCCGUCAUGUCAUCCGCCGGUGGCUACCGUGCCCUGGUGCUCGGUGCCGCUGCCCAACAAGACGAGAGGACGCGCCACCGAGCCGGGGCCAAUGCGCAGCGUUCGCUCUUGCAGCGGCGGAACUGCCUGCCACCUGAACAGCCGAUCAACUACCCCGCAGUACCAGAAGACCGAAAUUCUGGCCUGCGCGCGAGUUCCGGUAGUGCGGUUCGUCUAUACCACGCCAACCACCAGGAAGGCCGCCUCGCCGCUAUUCCAAGUAGAAGGAGCGAGGGAAAUGCUCUCUGCCCUUUACCUCUCCCCUACGGCGUACCCUUCGUGCUGCAUCAAGAUGUGUAUCGCAGACAUCAAUGGGCUCACUCUCGCGCGAUAUCCACUCUUCCUGGUACCUGCAUCUCUCGUCAACCUCUCCUGUUUCCGACGUGGCAUUCCGAAUUGCUGGAGCUCGACUCAACGCGUAGCUGCUACCGACGUACAAGCCCGCCUUCUCAUCAUGUCUUCGCAAACUUUGUUGCCAACCAGCAACUGCCGCCCCGAGCUUCGCGUGCGAACAGGUCCGACAUCCUCGAUAUGGACAGCCGACAGAGGUUCUCUCUUCUCCGCCUUCGCGCCGCUCAAGGGGCAGCUUCAAACCUUUCCGUGGAUCUUCCUGCCUGUAGCCACUACAUACCGCUUCACGCGCGGUGGAAGUUGGUAA